GUGGGGUCGCGCCGAGGAGGUUCACAGGGCGCACGCGAUGCGGAGGGGUUACUGAGGAGGCUGAUGGGGGUCGCAGCAGCCACGUAAAUGACGCUCCUGGGCGCCUUCUCUUGGGGCGCCUGUAUCACAAUCACUUGGGAUUGUUGUUUAAAAUGCCGGUUCCUGGGUUCCACCCUUCGCCCACCAAAUCUGCGGCUCCUGGGACAGGAAUCUGCAUUUUAGGGAGCACCCCACCUGUGAUAACAGCGUCCACUGAAGUUUGAGAGGCAGUGAUGUAUGGUGGCAAAUUCUUUGCAUUCGGUCUUCCCCCUCCUGGGAGGAGGACCCGUCUUCAUCCCUCCGUAUAAAGAAAAGGGGAAGGAAAAGCUGGAGGAAGACGAGGCCGCGGCAGCCAGCACCAUGGCCGUCUCGGCCUCCCUCAUGCCACCCAUCUGGGACAAGACUAUCCCAUAUGAUGGCGAGUCUUUCCACCUGGAGUACAUGGACCUGGACGAGUUCCUGCUGGAGAACGGCAUCCCCGCCAGCCCCACUCACCUGGCCCAGAACCUGCUGUUGCCUGUGGCCGAGCUCGAAGGGAAGGAAUCGGCCAGCUCGUCCACGGCAUCGCCCCCAUCCUCCUCCACCGCUAUCUUUCAGCCCUCUGAAACCGUCUCCAGCACAGAAUCUUCCCUGGAGAAGGAGAGGGAGACACCCAGUCCCAUUGACCCCAACUGUGUGGAGGUGGAUGUGAACUUCAAUCCUGACCCUGCCGACCUGGUCCUCUCCAGUGUGCCUGGUGGGGAGCUCUUCAACCCUCGGAAGCACAAGUUCGCAGAGGAGGACCUGAAGCCCCAGCCCAUGAUCAAAAAAGCCAAGAAGGUCUUUGUCCCUGAUGAGCAGAAGGACGAAAAGUACUGGACGAGGCGCAAGAAGAACAAUGUGGCUGCCAAACGGUCCCGAGACGCCCGGCGCCUGAAGGAGAACCAGAUCACCAUCCGAGCAGCCUUCCUGGAGAAGGAGAACACAGCCCUGCGGACGGAGGUGGCUGAGCUGCGCAAGGAGGUGGGCAAGUGCAAGACCAUCGUGUCCAAGUAUGAGACCAAGUACGGGCCCUUGUAACCUGUGUGCCCACCAGGCAGUGCUACCUGAACCUCAGACCUGCCUGGGGCUCCCAGAACCCACGCGCGCAUGGAGACUUAUGACUCGUCAUGGGCAAAUGGCGGUGCACCUGCUCCAGGAGCGUUCACGUCCAAGCUUCUUUAUCACAUGGCCAGCGCACGUGGCGACUUCCUUGAGGGGCCAGCCUCCUCACAGGUGGGACACGAGAGAACCUACGGACACGGGUGAAUCAGCCUUAGUUUCUAUUCUUGGAUGUCCCAGUUGAAUCGGAAGGGGGACCUCUGGAGUACAGACCUCCUUUUUCAGGGUGCUCAGGCUUCCCUGACCGCCCCUGCUCCCUGUCACCCAUUUUCCAGCCUGACCGUUGAGACCUGUCUCCGCCGACUAAGUCAUGAUCAUUGUUGUUGCCCUUAUGUCUUCUCAGGUAGCAGAGCGCAUUUCUAGGUCGGGUGUGUCUGUCUCCACCUCACCCUCCCAGAAAGUAUUGGAGAGAAAGUUUCCAUCUUUCUCAGAGGUAGAAAGAUACACCAGCUCCUCCCUAGUGUCUGCAUAGGCACCAGGCCACAGGAGCAAGGUCUCUGCACAGCCUGGGACGGGGUUUGGGUCUGGGGACUGUGCGCAAGUGCACCUAGCCAGUCUUAGCUCCCACACCCUUUUUCUCUUGUGGCUCUGAGGCCUGUCAGUUGGCUCUCUCUGUAUUUCAUCUGCUGUGUAGGAGAGACUCCCAGGGCAGCCAGUCUCUGAGCCCUGAUCACAGUACAGAGGGAGGCCAUCUCUUCUCCAGGUCACUCACAGAAGCCACCUGAAUCUUGUUUGUCCCACUAGACUGGGCCUUUGGACCUGCUGUUUGUUUCCACCCAGUGACCAGUCUCAGAUCCUGGAUUUAGAAGGAAGACCCCCUCGUCUAGGAAGCUUAACUUCCUGGAGCCAGGCUGCACCUUCCGCAUGGUGUUUAGAGAACCGGCUCCUCCAGUCCCCUUACACUGCGGACCAAGAGCUGGGCAUGUUUCUCGAGAAGCUCCUCUGUUUUCUUGCUCUGCUGUCUGGUGUGGGCCAAGCCAGCAUCCACUCUCUCUGAAGGCAGAAGAGGCUUCCUAGCCCUUGCUUCAGGAUCCCUCCCCUGUGCGAGCUGACCCCGAGGUCAUCCGUUGGGCAGAACCUGUGGUCCGGGGUCACCAGGGUCACAGCACAACACUUACGGGAUAGGGGGCUCUUGGGACAUUUGUGCAGGCUGGAGUCUCCUCAUUCUGGGUCCCAGGAGAUGUGGGCCACCCACAUGGGCUGGCCGUGGCAUGGAGUGGAGGGUCCUUGCAGCUGUGGCUUCACUACCUCACAGCUGCUCUUUGUCUUGUGUCCAACUGGACUUUUCCUUUUGCUCUGCCCAGAUUAACUGAGGAAGUCCGUGGAACCCUCUGUGCAUUGUGGUCUGCUGGGGCACCUGGACGUGGGGGUAUUUAUUUGCUCAGGGCGGGCAGCCUGUGGUAAAGGAGUCAGAGGUGAUGGGUGCAUUUUGUCAUGCUUACCACUGGCUUUGUUUAAAGUGGUGGCUCCAAGCCCCAGGCCCUGUCCCCUAAAGACUUUUCACAACAGAUGUUAAGACGAGGGGAAGCCAUGCACUGGCUGUGGACCACACCCCAUGGGAAUGCCAUGGCCCUCCAGGGACCUGCACACCUUUUCUGGGGGACUUGACAAGGGUUCCUAAGGCCAAGGGAGGUAACCCCCUCCCUCUAGGCCCCUGACUUUUACUUUGUGAUUCUAUAAAAACCGUGUUCACACUUUUCACUCUGUUGUAACCACACAGGGCAGUUGCAUCCAGCAUGUCAGUGUCCUGCCCCGGGCAGCUCGCCAGCCCGGUACUUGCCCUCUGGUCUGGCUACCCACCAGGAGGGCAGUUCUCAUUUUGUUAUUGGUAGAAGAGCCUCCAGCUUAAAAGCUCUUCAUUUUCUUUGGCCAAAAAGUGUGUGGUUUGGGGUUUUUGUUACUCUGUUUUUUUAAAGGCUGGACAUUUAAUCUCUGAUGGAGUCCAUGUUCUGACCCCAGUGGGUGACAUGAUGGCCUGAUGGCUCUCCUCUCUUUGUCCCACCUAUGCGUGUUCAACACUGACCCCUUCCACCACCCCCAGGCAGUGGGUAUAUGGUUCCUUCCCAAAGUGCUUAUUUGGAAAGAGUGUGGUGGCUGGCCUCAUUUAGAACAGCCCUUUUGAGUCAGGAGCCUGGCAGGGACAGGAUGAUGUCCAUGGAGGUCGACAUUUUGGGGAACGGAGCCCUCAGGUAAGUGCAUAUCCUUCCCGGACCUAAGAACCAGGUCCUUGCAGAAGGGGAGGGCUGGUGCCUGCUCAGUUUCCAUCAUGGAAUGGGGAGUCCCCUUGACUUCUCCCUGGACCCUCUCCAUCUUGGGCCCAACAGCCAAAGAGUGAGGCUCCUAUGCUCAGAUCUUUGACAUCCUCUAGAAAGCACUGGUGGAUAGAGAAACCAGUGUGAAUGGCUUUCCAUGGGUUCAUGAUCGGCUGUGAGGCACCAUCCCUUUCUAAGUAUCCUGUCUUCAUGGCAGCUUUGAUGCAACCUCAGAAUUGACAAAUCAUGAAUGAACUAGAACGUUACAAGACUAUACAUAUAAUAAAUGUCUAUCUAGAUAUAGAAAUAUAUAUAUAUAUUUAGAGAGAGAGAGCUUUUAGAUAGCUCUCCUGAUGGCAGCAGCCUUGUGGAGGAUUUGGCUAAUUCUUACCUUGGCCAAAGGGAGGGGCUUGCCUGUCUGGGUCCUGAGGUUGGGGAGGCACUUAGCAGUGAACCUUGACUCGAGGUAAGCAUCACCCUGCUGAGGGGGCGCUGAGGCCCUAGGAAGGCAGCUUCUGCCAUCCUCCAGCCUGAGGCAGGGUGGCAGGCAUGGGGGCCAGCAGAGGUGGGUCCCCUCUGUGCUGGGCAGCUCUCCAUCCAGGGCCCUGGGGAGCUCUGCUCUGCAUAACACAAAGGGCCAAGAGCCCCUGGUUUUCAUGGCAAAGCCCCACCCCAGAGCUCCUUGGACAUCCUGUUAAUUAAGUGCAAUAAAUUUUUCUAGAAAAUGGCAAAGAUGACUCCCAGGUGGCUACUGCUAUCUUAAGGCUCUUGGGGAUGCCAGAACCCCACGUGGUUUUAUUUUUCUAAGUGCAUGUGAUGGAAUGAGUGGGGCUCUGCGUCCUCCCCUGGGAGCUGACAUCCCAGUGGCCCUCUCCUUACCUUUGUUAGGGAGAGGAGACGAGGAGAAAAUGCCUUCUUCCCAGCUGGGGAGGGCAGAAGCAGACUAGCCCAUUGGCCUUACGUGCGUGUGUGCGUGUGAAUGUGUCGCUGCUGGUGGGCCGGAGUGAUGCGGCAGGGAGGGAAGCCGGGAAUGUAUCCUUUUCAAAACAAAAUUAAAUAUUUUGAGACGAGAA